AUGGUCAGAUAUAAAUGUCAAAUUUGCAAGAGAUAUUUUUCAACUCCCAGCAGUUUGAGACAGCACGCUAAUGCCAAACACCAUGAAAGAACAACAACUUCUCGACCAAGUGAACCAAAUGUGUAUAAGAGGUUAGAUGAUGCUUUAGAUGCUAUUGAAGGAAAAAAUCUACCAGAACACGUAGCAAAGUGGCCAAACGAUGCAUACAGAGAUUUCAUGAGAUUAAUUGUAGAGGGUAAUAUAUCUAACAAAAUUGGAGAUCAAAUAAUUAAAUUCUUUAAUAAAUAUAGCAAUCUGGAAGAAUCUUCAUUACCGAAAUCAACCAAAAAUGGCAAAGACCAUCUCAAUCAAAUAACUUCACCUUCAUUAGACUUCAAAGAAAAAGUUGUUUCAACCUACAGUGGUAUUGACAUUACACUCUACUAUCGUCCCAUAUUUUGCGCUAUUCAAGCUCUUCUGCAACUACCAGAAGUAGCUAAUAAUUUUGUCUAUAAGGAAAUUCUAAAAAAAAAAAGGGAUGAUGGAAGCGAAACAAGAGUGUUUGGCCAUCCAGUAUUUUUAACGCUUGAAAAUGUUCCAAAUUGGGUUCAAAACCUACCAGAAUUUAAAAUACUUUUAGGUUUUUUGCCUAAAGUUCAAGAUUCAGGCAUUAAAACUACCGAAGUCUUUCGAAGUUUGCAGCGUGAAAUAUUUCACAAAUGCUUUAAUAUUAUGCUUUGGCCUUUACUGGAGAAACCUGAUACAUUAUGUUUUGGGAUUAAUGGACAAGCGAAAACAUUUGCUGCACGAAUUUCUUUUUUUCUCGCAAAUAUGCUCGAAGCAGAUGAUGUGACCGCUACAUAUAAAGGAGCGCGAUGUAAAAUGCCAUGCCAUACUUGUAUGGUUCUGCAAAAUAACUUAAACGAUAUAAAACUUACACGAGAAGAUAUACUUUUCAGAACUCAUGAAAAUAUGAAGGAAAUGGUUAGCGCUGGACAAGGAAAGGAGUAUUCUGUACAUUAUGUCAAAAAUGCCUUCUGGGAAUUUCCAAAUCUGAAUAUAUACGAAGCGUGCGUUCCCGACCGUAUGCAUCAUAUCGACCUUGGACUUUUUAAAUAUCAACUUGAGUUUACGCAGGAAAUCUUAAAAAAGGUCGGAGGGUUGGAAUUACAGAAGAUUUUCGACGAACGUCUUUGA